GAUGCAGCGCCGCUGCGUUUCCUGCUGUGAUGUAGAAGAAGAGUCAGACCGGAAACUAAACAGAGCAGCGGAGCACACAUGAAAAUAAAGAUUAAAAUAUAUAUUUAUACACAGUCUGUGGGAGCAGCGCGAGGCGGGACGAGUGUCGAGUUUAAUCCGUGACGGAAAGUAGAUAAAGACCAGAGCUACUACCGACUGUUCGACGCCAGCCAAUGAGCUAGCGGGCUAACGGCUAGCUGGAUGCUAACGGCGGGGCCACGUCACCAGCUGCGUCGCCUUGGUUACCGCUCAUGGACACUCUUCCUACAACUCUCCCCUCGUUACCGCUGGUUACAGCAUGGAGCGCUCUGAUUGGACAGUUCCCUCGCUGACUGAAGGCCAGGUCUCCAGUCAGGAUGUCGGACUCCUCUGCUGAAGAUGGCCAGAGGGAGGCGGAGCUUACCACCAGGAUGUGGGUGGAGUCGGAGGCGGGGCCAUCCAGGUGUGGUUACUGUGGAUACUGCAGAGUUCUCUACAGGAACCUGGAGCAGCACCUGUCCAGCCUGAGACACCUGGACUCAGUGGGGGCGUCGUCCAGAGGAGGUGCAGUGUCCUCGCAUAGAGCCGCCGUGUCCUCGUCCAGAAGAGGUGCAGUGUCCUCGUCCAGAGGAGCCACCGUGUCCUCGUCCAGAGGAGCCGCAGUGUCCUCGUCCAGAGGAGCUACCGUGUCCUCGUCCAGAGGAGGUGCCGUGUCCUCGUCCAGAGGAGCCGCCGUGUCCUCGUCCAGAGGAGCCGCAGUGUCCUCGUCCAGAGGAGGUGCAGUGUCCUCGUCCAGAGGAGGUGCAGUGUCCUGGUCCGGGACCAGACUGACGCUGCUGGAGCGCUUCCUGCAGGAUGUCCUGCAGCACCACCCUCAUCGCUAUGGCGACCCCAGGCCGUCCCACGCUGACCUCCCAGUAAGCUCCGCCCCUCUGAUGCCGAGGGCGGAGCUUGACGAACUCGUCUCUGAGGAUCAAAGCUGGUCUCUGGGAACCGGCUCUGAGGACGCGUCCCACCAGACGGCCAAUCGGCAAGAAGACGAUGGCAGCCACGGCCAAUCAGGAGAGAGGCUGUCAGGACCAAUCAGAGAGCAGGAGGAAAGAGGGAUGGGACACAGCCAAGCCCCGCCUCCUCCAUCUCAGGCCCCGCCUUCAGUCCACAAGAAAGCCCACAGGAAGACCAACAGGAGGAAAACCAGUGACUCCUCUAUCGCGUCACAGCCCCGAAGGGGUCCAGACCCAGACCCUGUCCCAGACCCUGUCCCUGUCCCAGACCCAGACCCUGUCCCUUGUCUUAGUCCUGGAUCCUGGGCCCCUCCGGAGCUGAGGCCCUCGAUGUUCUGGCAGAAGGAGAAGAGGAAGGCUUUCUCCUCAGACCCUCUGGACCCUCUGGACCCUCUGGACCCUCUGGACCCCCUGGACCCCCUGGACCCCCUGGACCCGUUGGACCAGACCAUUGAGGAGGUGAUCCAGGUGUGUUGCCAUGGUGUCAGUUCGUCGCGCCACCACCAGGAGGAGGCGGAGAGCCUCGGCCUCAGCCAGCCCGUCUCCGUGGAAACCCAGAGUGAAGACUGGGACUCACCUGUGCAGCUGGACAUUUGUCUGCAGGUGGUUCUCCAGACACACGGGGACACAACUGUCCAGGUGAGACAGACGGAGGGACCGGACCUGGCCCGUCUCAUGGACUUACAGGUGGACCUGAAGGACCGGUUCUACUCGGACCAGCUGGACGCUGCCCUCCAGUCUGACGGCAGACCGGAGGCCGGUGUCGGACCGGACACGGGUUUCUGGACUCUGCCCAUAGAGGAGGUCCUCCCAGCUCCAGAACAUAUCCCAGCAUCCUUCAGGGGGAAGACCUGGGCCCAGAUCGAACAGGAGGACGAGGAGAGGGUGGAGAGACUGGUGGGACAGUUCAGACGGGGACGGUUCAUCUGCUACUUCGACAGCGAGUCUCUGGCCAGGUAUGGACGGAGCCUCAAAAGGAAGGGGGCGGAGCCACACGCAGGUGUCCUGCCUCUGCUGGACCAGGAUGAUGAGGACAACAGGACGGCAAGGAGGCGGGGCUUCAGACUGGCGUCCAGGUGUCAGGUGGUUAAAGUCAGUCAUAGCACUCAGACUGUCCGGUUGCUGGUCCCGGCUGUCCGUCACCUGGCCCCAGAGGCCCCGCCCACCAGUGUCCCUGCAGCCAAUCAGACCAGGAGGGACACCGGGCCCACGAUGUGGCCCUGCCUGCCUGAUGGGACUAAGCGCCGUCACCGCCGUCCGCUCCACCCGCAGAGGUUAAAGGUCAAAUACAAACCACUUCCUGUCCGGUUUUACGAGCCCGGCACCAACCGCAUCCUGAAGAACCCCCCCCGAGGCUUCCGAGGCUCCGCCCCCUCAGAGCCGCCGCCCUGCGUCCGUCAGCUGUUCAGGAGCCUGAGUCCAGACCUGAACACCCCCCCAGGGUCAAAGGUCACAGGCUUCCACCUGAGCACGCUCAGUAGAGACUCGCCACAGACGGAAGUGGUCAGCGCCGCCCCCCCCAGACGGCGAAGGAGGGACAGGACACUCCCCGCCCCCUUCAAGAGACGAACCAGGGCUCAGACCACGCCCCCACAGCCCAGGAGGGAGGGGCUACGACGGACAGGUCCUGCCCACCUCCCCCAGACCCCCCCUCACCCAUCCCACCGGGGGAGGAGGGGGGGGCGCAGGAGGGGGCGAAGGUAGCAUCUAAAAAAAAUAAAUAAAUAAAACUUUUACUUUCCCUUUGGUUUGAUACGUAUUUAAUUUAAAAGGUUUUUAUUCACAAAUUAAAUUUACACAAAUAAAACUUUUCUAACUUGGA